AUGGAUUCCCAAAAGAGCCCAGAGAAUUCUCCUCGCCGAUCUCAGUCGUCUGCAUCGUCCGCCGAGUCGUCCCAGUCCUCAGAGGCAUCGGUCUUCGAGACACCGAAGGCGAAAGAAAAAAAGAUGGUCGAUCUCACAAAAGACGAUGAGGAGGACGAUCUGAUCGAAUACUCAGCGCGACCACGGCGUCGUUUGCGCGAGAGGAAACAAAAUAUGUCAUUGAAGGCUCAAGAGAAUAGCGACAUAUUUACCAGUCGUUCAAAACCGAAGCAAGUGUUGAGCAAAGCAGUCAUAGAUUUAAUUGGAGCCGAUGAGCUCUCUUUCAGUCCGGUGGUCAGUCAAAGAGUCGCCAUACGACAAGAGAUCGCAAAUAAAACCGCGGCCAGUCGAAACAGAUUCUUCGUAGACAAAAAGGAAUUCUUGUUGCCUUUACUGCCCGCUAACAACUAUGUGAGAAAACUGGUGGAGAAGCAUGAUCGCCUUACACCUGAAGAGCUGGCUGAGAUACCAGCCACCAUACCUUACGAAGAGAUAUCUUCUCAGCCGAGAGGAGUGCUAGCUACUAUGAAGCCAUAUCAGUUAUCAGGAUUGAGCUUCAUGGUAUAUUUACAUCGUAAUGGUCUAUCUGGAAUACUCGGCGAUGAAAUGGGCCUGGGUAAAACCUUACAAACCUUGUCUCUCAUUCAAUACUUAAAGGAAAAUGAUCCCAAGACUGGGACUGGCAGGCUGCAAAGACCCUUCCUUGUCGUCUGCCCUCUCUCUGUUUUGAGCAGUUGGAUGACGGAAGCAAAGAAGUGGACUCCGGGAUUGAAAGUGGUUCGAUUUCAUGGACCGAUCAACGAGCGAGACAAGCUCAAGCGGAUUGUAAUGGGAGAAAUCGACAUGUUUGGCAAUCUCACAGCGCAGGCGAAAGUGAAGUAUAGGUCGAGACGUAAUCCUAAGAAAGGUAUAAUGCUUGACAGUGACUCCGAUGACGAGCAGGAUGUCGGAGUCGAUCUCGUUGUUACUACCUAUGACUGCUUCCGCGUUGAGCAAUCCUGGUUCAAGAAGGCAUUCGUCUGGCGGUAUGCCGUCCUGGAUGAGGGACACACCGUCAAGAACCAUGAGAGUCUCGUCUCAAAGUCACUCCAAGGAUUGAAAGCAGAAUAUCGCUUGAUCCUUACAGGAACCCCAUUACAGAAUAACCUUUCGGAGCUAUGGAGUUUGCUUCAUUGGCUCUAUCCAGAAGUGUUCGGCGAGAAUACGAACCAGCUAUUCGACAACUCGUUCAACCUGACGAAAGGUCAAUACUCAAACACGGUCCUUGACAACUCCCGCCGUCUCCUAGAACUGAUCAUGUUGAGACGUAUGAAGACAUCUCCCGGCGUCGACUUGAAUCUCCCACCAAAAACCGAGAUCCUAAUGUUCGUGCCUCUAAGUCCUAUGCAGCGUUUCUGGUAUGAGAGGAUGAUUACCAAAGCAGACAAGGGACUUUUGGAAGAGCUUUUCAAAGGUGCUAAAGAGAAAGAGGAACUUACUUCAGAGACUCCGACUCAAGACGAUGAUCUUUUUAGACGUCUCAAGGAGAAUGAGGAACUUACUGAAGAAAUGUCCGGAACCGAUGCCUGGCAGCAAACGAAGGCAAUCUUGGAAGAAACUGUUCAGCGCGAAAUGCAACAAGCGAAGCUAGCUGAUGGUCCUCGGAAGUCAGAUUGGCAGAAGCUCAUGAACUUACUUAUGCAAUUAAGAAAGGUUUGUAACCAUCCUUACCAGAUAGGCAACGCGGAGCCUGAUCCGUACAUCACUGGAGAUCAUGUUAUUCAUGCCUCUGGUAAGUUCAUUGUGCUGGAGAAGCUUUUGAAUGAGCUAGUUGUCAAGCAGAAGAAAAAGAUCCUAAUCUUCUCUGGAUUCACUAAAAUGCUGGAUUUAGUUGAGGAACUGUGUUUUCUUAGGGGUGGUGACGGAUCCAGCUAUCGGUCUGUCCGAAUCGACGGCUCUACUGCGCGUGCUCGCCGCAAUUUAGGGAUCCGAAUGUUCAAUGAUAUGGAAAGUAACUACCGAGUGAUGCUUAUUUCUACCCGAGCUGGAGGUCUAGGUAUAAACCUAGCUUCUGCAUCUGACGUCGUUCUCCUUGACCAGGACUGGAAUCCACAGAUAACCUUACAAGCUGAAGCGCGAGCUCACCGAAUUGGCCAGAAGAACCCCGUCACAAUCUAUAAGCUCGUGUCCCAAGGGACUGUGGAGGAGCAAAUGAUGGGCCGGAUCCAGAAGAAGCUUUAUUUAUCUGCAAAGGUCACUGAGGCUAUGCAAGACAUCCACACGAAGUUUGGCGGAGCAAAGAAGGCGAAAUUUGGUCGACCAAAAGAGUCCGAAGACAACAUGCCACAAUUAAGUACAGGGCAAUUAAUGACGCUGGUCCGACGUGGGGCUUCUGCGAUUUCUAGGCCGGAAAUUGAUGUCAGUGAGAUGCUCAGUUGGGAUUGGGAAACGACUGUUCUCAAAUGUAAGGAUCAACCGGCCGAUGUCAAUGUCCAAAGAGACGCCAUCCCAGACAAAAAGGUCGACGAAGAAGCCGAGCGAAAGUGGCUUACGGAGAUGGAACGUGUUGAAUCAUCUGUAUUUGCAGGCAAACAGCUUGUGCGUGGAAAAAUCAGCUCCAAUCGUGACAUUGCCGAGGAGUUCAACAGAGCAGAUCGGCGAAAGGACAAAAACACCACUGUUAUGGUCGAUGGAUUUGCCAUAUCGAAGGAGUCCAUGAACUGCAAGCAAUGGGAAGCUGUACCAACUAUUGGCGACAAGAAUCCUAUCUACAAAGAGCAAAAGCGAGCCAAAAAAGCUCCAGUCGAACCGCAAAGUCACUGCCAGGUUUGCAUUGAUGGUGGAGAGCUUAUCUGCUGCCAGCUUUGUCCUCGGGCUUACCAUAUGAAAUGUCUCGAUAAAUCUUUCCAAACGAAAGCCAAGGGCUGGCAAUUCAAUUGUCCUCAGCACGAGUGUGCGGAAUGCGCGCAGAAGACGACUGACGCAGGGGGAAUGUUAUAUCGGUGCAGAUGGUGCGAACGUGCAUACUGCGAGGAUUGUCUAGACUUUGAUGAAGCUACCCUCAUCGGUGACAAUCUCAUCGAGUAUGAGGUCCUGAACUAUCCUGAGAUGGCUCAAGCUUUUUACAUUCAGUGCGGUGGAUGUACUCAAAAUUUCAAAGAGUCUCCGGGAAACAAGGAGUUGUGUGAUCAUGUGGCAGAACAGGCACGACUAGAGCACGAUAGAAAAUUUGGUGCCGAUAGAGACAUCAGUACGGCUCCGGAGUCACUUACUGAUGCUACAACUGUCGAGACGACUGGGGCUAACACACCAAUUGUAAUUGACGACGAUGAAGAAAUCCUGUUGAUUCCGACCAAAAAGAGAAAGAUGAAUGUUCAGAAUAGUGGGGUUCCGGUCAAGCGUGGGAAGACGGAUGUUGCUUUUGCUUGA